ACUGAAACUGCAUCUGCUCAUGGAUCCUUGAAAGAAGAUAAACAAGCUUUCUCCCAGAGAGCUUUUUCAUCUUCGACGCCAUUGUCUACAAAGUCGACCAGCAUAUCCACAGUCAGUACGAAAGCUGCAACUUUUAUCACGAGGUCGGAAGGCGUGCUUAAUCGCACCUCCACAUUGAAAAGCCAAGUUUGGGACAGUUUCACGAAAAUAGAUGCAAUGACUGCUCGAUGUCAAAUCUGUACAAAGAUUCUCAAACACGGUGGAAACACUACGAAUUUAUCGCAGCAUCUUAAUCGGAAGCACCCUACAAGAUUACUCAAGAACACGUCCGUUGCCACAGGAAGCAAGCACAAGAUCAUUACUUAUUUUGACACUGACAAGUACCAAAGGAGCAUUCCAAGGCCGGUAAAGCCAGUCGGCAGCGAUCAACAAAUCGAUGAUUCAUUCGCAGAUGGAGAAACGUCGUCCGAAAAAAUUACUAACGCCAUAUUGUACAUGCUUGCUAUCGACUAUCAUCCUCUCUCUACCAUCGAAAACGAAGGGUUCCGCACUCUCUUGAAGACGAUAGCUCCACGAUUCGAGAUCCCAUCAAGACGCACUAUUGCUCGUUACAUGAACGAUAAAUAUCAACAGUUGUAUGAUAUGUUCGAACGUGAGAUUGCUCAAAUUACAACACUAACUCUCGCGUGUGAUAUCUGGUCCGAUAUUUCAAAUUAUGGGUAUUUAUGGAUAACUGCGCACUAUUUACAUAAUAAUAAAAUAAAAAGUGGUUGCUUGGGCUUAUUACCGUUGGAGGAAAGCCACACGGCACAUUACAUUUCGGAGAUUCUUAUGGAGGAAAUUCAGUCAUUUGGGAUCAAUCGAGAAACCGUGACAGCAAUCGUGACUGACAACGGUGCGAACAUUAAAAAAGCAACGAUAAAUUGUUUCGGUGCUUCCAAACACAUCGAGUGUUUUGCUCACACCGUAUCGCGUAUUGUGCCCGAUGCAAUAAGUGCUACGCCUUGGAUCGAACGAGUAAUUACGAAAGUAAGAUUCAUUGUCACGCUAACGAAACGCAACGUCGCCGUUUCGGACGAAUUACAACACCUGCAAGAACGAGACGGAAAAACGGAAGCGACGCUUCUCAAGUUUAAGCAAGACGUUCCUGCGAGGUGGAACUCCACUCUAAUUAUGAUCGAGCGAUUUUUGGAACUCCACAAAUACGUAUACCCGAUCUCUCUCAAGUGCAAAUUUGGGCCCGUAGAAAACGUUACGCGCGAAGAACUCGAUUUAUUACGGGAUAUAGUAUUAGUUUCAGAACCUGUGGAAGAUGUAAUGACUGAGUGCAGUGGAGACACAUACUUUACAUCGAGUUUGAUAAUUCCGAUUACCAACUGUAUGACGAUAACUAUCAGGGCAUGCAAUCCGUCCACUGAAAUAGGACAACGGUUCCAAGAAAAGCUUUUAGCGGAAUCACAUCGUCGAUUUAAAGAUUAUGAGUCUCGCGAGCUGCUCGCGAUAUCGACUAUUCUUGACCCGCGGUUUAAAAAACUGCACUUUCAAAAGCCUCUUUGUGCCGCGAAUGCAGUCAAAACAAUCAAUGCGAUUAUUAAAUCGGCGAUGGCGGACGAAAAUAAAUCGCAGGUAGCAAACGAUAGCUUUUGGAGUUAUCACUAUAAACUCGUUUCCAACUGGAAUCAGAGGGUAUCUUCCAAUUCCGGUCUCACUCUCGAACUCGAACAUUAUCUAAAUCGGCCGGUUAUCUUGCGAUCCGAAAACCCUAUCGAAUACUGGAACAAGUGGAAAGUUGUGUAUUCGACACUACACUCAUGCGCUCUAAAAUAUUUAAGCAUUGUUGCUACAUCCGUCCAGUCAGAGAGAUUAUUUUCAAAAGCCGACACGAUUGAGGCUGAACGUCGUAGUCGACUUACGGGAGAAAAACUCAGUAUAUUGGCAUUUCUUAGUUCCGUCGACAAAGAAGACUAUUGGCAUAUUUCAUAAACAGCGUUUAUAACUUUCUUCAUGUAAUAACUUGUGUACCUGUAUUGACCGUAAUCUUAUUAUUUAAGCUGAUAGUUCCUACUGUUCCUACUGUUAUAUGUUCCUAUAUCUUUCUACUGUUGAUAUAUUAAUUUGAUAUAAUAAUUUAUACAAAUUGAUAUGUAUAAGAAUUUUAAUAAUAUAAUAUAAUAUAUAAAUACGUGAUAUAUAAUAUCAAAUUUCUUAAGUUUUCAACAAUUAUUAUAACCUGCUUCUAAAGCCUCUGUGUUUGCUUCCAUUGUACUAUUUUUUAUUGCA